AUGGCGACUUCUCCCGCCGGGCGCAUGCUGUCCCGCCAACUGCAGCAGAUGCAGUCCGAUAAGGACAUUCCCGGCAUUAGUUGCGGCUUGGUUGAUAACAACGUUUUUGAAUGGGAAGUUAUGCUCAUGAUAUCGGAUGAUGUGAAGCUGUAUGGUGGUGGUUUCUUCCGGGCUCGUCUCUCUUUCCCAACAGAAUAUCCUCACCGGCCACCAAAGAUGAAGUUUGAAUCUCCUAUCUUCCAUCCAAAUAUUUAUGAGAAUGGUGACGUCUGCAUUUCCAUUCUGCACCCACCCGAGGAGGACAAGUACGGCUAUGAAUCGGCCGCGGAACGUUGGUCUCCCGUGCAAACCCCCCGAGACGAUCCUACUCUCCGUCAUUUCCAUGCUUUCCAGCCCCAACGAUGA